CAAUUCUUUUUUAAUACAUCAAUAGCUAUAUUCAAAAUUCAAAGUGACCAAAUCAUUUUCCUUUUUUGGGGAUAGAUAUGAUAACCAAAAAACAAUAAAAUAUUCAUAGGUGAAGUAGUUAUAUAUACCCUUCCAUCCCACUUGAUACAUGAGUUCCCACUGUUCCAUUUAUCUCUUUUACGCAACCCUAAUUCUUAAUGGAGAUGAUGAUGGAGCUUGAUAAGCUACCCGACCCGUUUUCCCACCCAUUCCAAGAUCUUCCCGAUUCAUCACUCAUGGAUUUAAACUUCUCCGGCGGUAAUCACACCACCAACCACCGUACAACACCACCAUUACCACAAAACCCUAAUCCCAUCUACCCCUCUCCAGAACAGCAGUUUGCAAACCCGUCACCGCAGUUCGCGGUGUCCCACGAUCACUUUCCACGUCCAAGCUGGCUUCACCAGAAGCCAGACUCAGUGGAGGCAAUGAGGGAGAUGAUAUUCCGCAUGGCAGCAUUGCAGCCGGUCCAGAUUGACCCGGAGUCUGUGAAACCGCCGAAGAGACGUAACGUUAAGAUAUCGAAGGACCCGCAAAGCGUAGCGGCUAGACACAGGAGGGAGAGGAUUAGUGAGCGGAUUAGGAUACUGCAAAGAUUAGUACCAGGUGGGACAAAGAUGGACACAGCUUCAAUGCUGGAUGAAGCUGUUCAUUACAUGAAGUUCUUGAAAAAACAAGUGGAAUCGUUGGAACAGGCCGUGGUUGCUAGCGGUGGUGGCCGUGGUAAUAUGAGGACAACCGCGAUGAACAACAACAACAUUGUCGGGUUCUGUCCCACCAAUAUUACCAACAUAAACCAUCAUAAUUAUGUGUUUAGAGCUUGUGGUGAGUCUGCUGGUCAUAUGGUGGGCUCUAUGGAGUUGCUCAAGUGAUAGAGAUGGGGUGGAGGGUAAUGGACUAAUGGUGGUAUGAUGUGAUUUAGGUUUGAGGGGGCCUUUCUUUUUGAAAGAGUUAGUAAAGCUUUUAAUUAUUUUUUAUGUAUUUAUAUCUUUCAAGGGGUAUAACUGUAUAAGCAUUACGGAGCUACUAAACUCCUACUUUUGUUGUGGGGUUUGAUUAAUUUGUAAUUGUGGAUUAACGAAAUAAAAUAUGUGGUUUGAUUGA